AUGUCUUAUGACCAGAAUUUUGCCGGAAUCCCGCUAUUCGCGGAUGACGUACCCUGUGCCCCGCUUCUGCGUCUCUCACUGGAAAAGCUCGUAAACCAUGAUGAGGCAGAGGUGCAACGUUUCUUCAGCGCAUGCAAGGAACUAGGGUUUUUCUAUUUGGACCUGCGUGGCAGCCCUAUUCUUGCUGAGGCUGACGAACUCUUCGGAAUUGGGGAGCAGCUAUUUGAGUUAGAUCUCGACGAAAAACGCCGGUAUGAUUUUAGCAAACAAAAUUCAUAUUUUGGAUAUAAGGAGAAGGGUGCGGCAAUCGUCGACAAGCAGGGGAAUGCUGACAGGAAUGAAUUCUAUAAUGUUUCCAAGGACGAUAUCUUUGGAAUUUCUGACCCCUUACCAGCUCCUGACAUCCUGAAUAAGUCUCGACACCAUUUCAAGUCAUUCAUAGCCAAUGCCCACAGCAUCGUUACAAUGGUUCUUAACCUCCUGAACGAACAACUUCACCUCCCACCAUUAACUCUAGCAAACCUUCAUCGACUUCACGGUGUUAGUGGCGACCAGGUACGAAUGAUCAAAGCGCCACCCCAGCCGCCAGGCGAUAGACGCACGGCGCUAGGCCAGCACACGGACUUCGGCAGCGUAACCGUUCUCUUCAACCGCGUUGGUGGCCUUCAAAUCCUACCACCGGGACAGGACGCGGACUGGUGUUACGUGCGCCCCUUGCCAGGCCAUGCAAUCAUAAAUCUAGGCGAUGCCAUGGUGAAGUUCACGAACGGACUUUUACGCUCUAAUAUCCACAGAGUAGUAUCUCCUCCCGGGGCUCAGGCUGAAACUACGAGGUAUAGCCUGGUGUACUUUUCACGUCCGGAGGAUGAUGUCAUUUUGAAGCGACUAGAGGGGAGUGACUGUAUCCCGCCGUUUGCGCCUGGGCAGGAACCGGAGGAAGAAAUUAAGAGUAAGGAUUGGAUUAUUCGCCGUGCGCUGGGGCAUCGUGUUGCGUUGCAUGGGAAAAUCGAUUUUGACAAGAGUUUGGGUACGGAGAUGAUGAGUCGGAGGCUUCAAUCUUCUAUGUAA